GCAGAACCGUAUCUCUCCCGUUGGCGAAGCUGAGGCGGUGGCGGCAGAGGCGGCUAGACGGGCCUGGCCUGGCAUUGCCGUGGCUGACGAGCGGCUAGGUGGACUCCUUUGGUGGGAGGAGGAGGAGAGGGAGGAGAAGAUUGGGGCGCGGGCAGGGGCCUAGACCGGGGGGGGAUCUCUCGGCGCCACGACUACCACGAUGCUCAAUAUGUGGAAAGUCCGGGAGCUGGUGGACAAGGCCACCAAUGUGGUUAUGAAUUAUUCAGAAAUUGAGUCUAAGGUUCGAGAAGCAACCAACGAUGAUCCAUGGGGACCUUCAGGGCAACUCAUGGGAGAGAUUGCCAAGGCCACUUUUAUGUAUGAACAGUUUCCAGAACUUAUGAACAUGCUUUGGACACGAAUGCUAAAAGACAACAAAAAGAACUGGAGGAGAGUUUAUAAGUCUCUGCUGCUCCUAUCUUACCUCAUAAGGAAUGGAUCAGAGCGUGUUGUUACAAGUGCCAGAGAACACAUUUAUGAUUUGCGAUCCCUGGAAAAUUACCACUUUGUAGAUGAGAAUGGCAAAGACCAAGGAAUAAAUAUACGCCAGAAAGUAAAAGAAAUGGUUGAAUUUGCCCAGGAUGAUGACAGACUUCGUGAAGAGAGGAAAAAAGCAAAGAAAAACAAAGAUAAAUACAUUGGGGUUUCUUCAGAUAGUGUUGGAGGAUUCAGAUACAGUGAAAGGUAUGAUACUGAGCCCAAAUCAAAAUGGGAUGAAGAAUGGGAUAAAAACAAAGGUGGUUUUCCAUUUAGUGAUAAACUAGGUGAGCUGAGUGACAAAAUUGGAAGUACAAUCGAUGACACUAUCAGUAAAUUUCGGAGGAAAGACCGAGAUGACUCUCCAGAAAGAUGCAGUGAUAGCGAUGAGGAGAAGAGAUCUAGAAGAGGUAAAUCACCAAAAGGAGAUUUCAAAGAUGAAGAGGAGACAGUGACUACAAAACACAUCCAUAUUACACAAGCCACAGAGACCACCACCACCAGGCACAAACGCACCGCAAAUCCUUCCAAAACCAUUGACUUGGGAGCAGCUGCACAUUACACAGGAGAUAAAGGAAGUCCAGAGCAGAAUGCUGCACAGUCUACAGCAAAGGUUCCCGGAAGCAAGUCGUCCAGUGACCUGGUUGAUCUUUUGUUUGAUGGUGCUGAUCAAUCAGUCCCAACAGAGAGGCUGGCUGUGAAGAAGCAAUCACAGGCUGAAGGUGGCUCCACUGACCCCUUUGGGGGAUUUGCUGACUUCAACUCUGCCGCCGCCGCCUCUGCAACCUGUGCUUCAUCGCAAGGUACAGCUACAAGUGGGAAUGGAGAAUUUGGCGACUGGAGUGCCUUCAACCAAGCCCCUCCAUGCCCUGCUGCUUCAGCUGGAGAGCUCUUUGGUGGCUCUGCUCCGCCAGCUGUUGAGCUCUUUGUUGGAUCUGCUCAGCAGUCUCUUGGCCAGCCUCCAGCGGCUUCAAAUUCUGCUGACCUCUUUGAUUUGAUGGGUACCUCCCAAGCCACCAUGACCUCUUCCCAAAGCAUGAAUUUCUCUAUGAUGGGUUCCAACACUGUCAGCCUCAAUCUGCCUAUGUCAAGGUCUCAGCCUUUGCAAAAUGUUAACCCAAUGAUACAGAAGCCUAAUCCACUGUAUAACCUGGGCACAGAGAUGGUCCCCAAAAAUGUCGGCAAAACUCUGCCUUCCACUUGGUCAGACCCCAGUGUUAAUAUCAGUUUGGACAAUUUAGUUCCUGGUAUGCAACCUUCCAAACCCCAGCAACCGUCACUGAACACGAUGAUUCAGCAACAGAAUAUGCAACAACCUAUGAAUGUGAUGUCUCAGAAUUUUGCAACAUUGAGUCUCAAUUCACCACCCAGCAUAAUGCCUGUUCGACCUCCAGUAAACCCGUUGAUGGGAGGGACUGUUCCUGUGGGAAUGGGAAUGCCCACAGUGAUGACUGGUGCAAUGGGGAUGAACCAGGGCAUGAUGGGAAUGAAUGUGAACAUGGCAGUGCCAGCCUCUGGAAUGGGUUUGUCAGGUACAAUGGGCAUGGGAGUCCCUAAUAUAGCUGUGGCAUCUUCCAUGACUCCGGGAACUGUGCAACCGAAGCAAGAUGCCUUUGCCAAUUUUGCCAAUUUUAGCAAAUAAAGAUUGUAAACCAAUCAGAUUGAAUGAAGGAUUUUAGCUGCACAAAUAAAGCUGGGAUAAAGGUGGAAAAUGCUGAUCAAAUGCUUCUUCCCCUUGUCUUCUUCUCCCCCCCCUUCUUUUAUCGCUUUCAUUUAAAGAACCCACAUUUUAAAAAA